AGCCAGAGGGAGAACAGGCAACCAGGAAGGAAAUUGUGGAUGGUACAAACCAGGAGCAACAUAAGUGGGAAAGUAUUAGGAAAGACUAUGGCACUGGAGAACCAGCACAAGAGAAAGGAAGCAGCUCAAUGAUCAACAUACAACAGAAUAAAGAGAAAGUACAUGGUGAUUAUAAGCUAGUGACUGACGCACUCAGCAAAAAAUCAGAGCUGAAACAAUGUGGAAUGAAAAUGACCAAAAAGCUACUGAGGGAUCUUUGCAAAGAGCAUAAAUUAUACAUGACCCCAAGCUUGAACGACACCCUCUAUCUCCAUUACAAAGGAUUUGACCGUCUGGAGAAUCUGGAAGAAUAUACUGGUCUAAAGUGCCUAUGGUUGGAAUGUAAUGGCCUGACAAAGAUUGAGAACUUGGAUGCACAGAAAGAUUUACGUUGCCUUUAUUUGCAGCUCAAUUUGAUUCAUAAAAUGGAAAACCUUGAACCAAUGGAAAAACUGGAUUCUCUCAACCUCAGCAACAAUUAUGUCAAGACCAUUGAGAACCUCUCUUGUUUGAAAGUUCUGCACACUCUGCAGCUUGCUCACAACAAGUUACAAACGGUAGAAGACAUUCAGCACUUGCAGGAAUGCCCAAGUAUCAGUGUCCUCGACCUUUCUUACAACAAGCUAGAUGAUCCAGGUAUUUUAAAUGUCUUGGAGACCAUGCCUGACCUGCGUGUAUUAAACUUGAUGGGAAAUCAAGUAAUUAAGAAAAUAGCUAAUUAUAGAAGGACAUUUACCAUCCGAUUGAAGCAUCUGACGUAUUUGGAUGACAGGCCAGUUUUUCCGAGGGACAGGGCCUGUGCAGAAGCCUGGGCGAAGGGUGGCCAUGAAGCCGAAAGAAAAGAAAUGGAACUGUGGGAAGCCAGAGACCGAAAGAAGAUCCAAGACAGCAUUGACGCACUCAGUGCAAUCCGUCGAAGAGCUGAAGAGAAGAAAAGACAAUGGGAAAUGGAAGAAAGAGGGGAGAUUUUGUCUUCAAGCAGCGGCACUGUGACAGAAAAUACCAUAGAGGCAUCAGCUACUUCCGAGGAAUUAGAAACAAAGGAGAAGAUUGAGAAAUUUGUAAAUGAAAGCAUGAAGGCUCACGAGGAAGUUCUGGAUACAUUUGCAAACUUAAAAGACCAGAUGGAUAACUCAGAGAAUAUUAACCCAUAUAAUACGCAGCAAGUGAUACACAAACCAAGUAUGAACUCCUGCUCAAACACUGGACCUGUUGAAGAAGAGGUGCCAGUAAAGAUGGCUGUACCAGGACCACUGCUUACUGACCUGGAUGAGUCUGCGGAGAUUGAACAAAUUGAGCUGGAUGUAUCAGAGAAGCUUUUCCUUGAUGAACUGCCCGAUUUGGAAGAUGUGGAUGUCAGUGAAGCCUCCCUGUGCAAUGAGAUCCUCACCAGCCAGCAAACCUGCCCUCCAAAGAUUGAAGUAAUUUCCGAAGCAAGUGAUAGUAGCGACUGCACAACAAUAAAAAGCAAGACCACUACUUCUGGCAACACAGCCGCAGAGGAGAUUCCAGCUGCCAUCUUUUCAAGCGUAUAUAAGGAACCGGAAGGCUGUAGAAAGGAAGCCAUAAAGCCCCUGAUAGAAGACUUACUAGCACGAAAAGAGGAGAGCUUCGAAACUGAAAGACAACUGGCAAAACCUUUGAAGCCCUUGAUUGAAGAGAUUGUGUCGGAGCCUUUGGAUUCAUCACUGAAGCCAUCAGAACCUGAUAAAACUACUGAACUGACCUCAGAGGGAGUGGGAAGUGGAGAAAGCCAAGCUACAUUCUCAAACCCAGGUGAAGAACGGCAGCAGCAGAUGUCCCAGCGCAAAGGUGGCGUAAAGAAGGGGCAGAGCCAGGCUGGCUGCACGUAG